AUGCCUGAAUACAAGGAUACACGGUCGACAACAGAACGGCCAAUGCGACCAUCGAAAUCAGCCGGAGGUCCAGUCAUUGAAGGCGGCAUUCUACGUCCAGACCUCUCCCAGUCACCUCCUAGCAUACACCCGCGUUCCUCGUCAUCUCGCUACACCGCAGGUGGGGUGUCAGAUCCAUGUAAUUUCGGGUUUCGCCGACAUGAGGGAUUUUCGCCAUUGGUCAACGACGAGCAUGCGCCCACAGUUGCAGGCGCACACCUCCCAUGUCAUAUCCCAGCAGCGGAAGGCACAGAUCCGAGAGAUUUGAAAAGGGCAGAGGGAUUAUUUUUCUCUGGCGAGGAAAAUGUGACGGUGAAACAGUUCGGCAAUGGAGAUCGGCAGAUUAUUUCUGGCCGGGACAGCGGGCUGAGAAGGUGGGAAGGGGUAAGUGGGAAGGGAGAAGGAGAAAGCGGGACAAGAAGGGUGAGACGGAGGAGGAAAAUUGGGAAGAUGGAAGGUGCGUGGGCGAAAAGGGAAGAGGAGCGACCUUAUAUAGAUAUUCCGGCACACGUCGAUGAUGUAACUCAGGGCGGCGAGGUCAGGGCGCGCCAAACCCGAAGGGGUGACGGCAGGGCCCAGUGGGCCAAUGGGCGGCGUCCGCGACGGCAGGCCAGGCCCGUUCGGGGAUGCCCAGAAGGCGAGGGCCACAUGCGGCCGCGUACUCACCGUCCGAUUGUUUACAUUUUUAAUUUUGUGGAGAAUGAAGUCAUUGUAAAUGAGUUUGAGUCAGAUAAGCAAUAG